ACCAUGGCGCGCUGCGUUGGCUGCACCUUCCUCCUCCUCCUCGUCGCCCUCUCGGUCAAUGCUCAGUAUGAACAUUACAGCUUCCGCAGUUACCCCCGAGACGAGCUGAUGCCCCUCGAGUCGGCUUACAAGUACGGGCUGGACCAGUACACGGGCGAGAACUGGCCGGAGUCCAUCCACUACCUGGAGAUAAGCUUGAGGCUGUACAGGCUCUUGAGGGACAGCGAGGCCUUCUGCAACCUGAACUGCAGCACAGCCCGGAUAGAGGACAACCCUCCCCCGCAGGGCCCGGCCAGUGGGAAUCAGUCGCGGGGUCGCUUCAACGCCUUCCCCGAGCUGCGGGUGUUUGCAGACGUCCUGAUGAGGGCCCGGUGCCUGAAACGCUGUAAGCACGGCCUCCCGGCCUUCCGCCAGUCCCAGCCCAGCAGGGAGACUCUGCUGGAGUUCCAGGCCCGGGAGCCCUACAAGUUCCUGCAGUACGCCUACUUCAAGAGCAACGACCUACCCAAGGCCAUCGCCGCUGCCCACACCUUCCUCCUGCUGCACCCCGACGACGAGAUGAUGAAGAGGAACAUGGCCUACUACAACAGCAUGCCGGACUCCGAGACCCACGUCAGGGACCUGGAGACCAACAACUACGAGAACCUGUUCAUCAGAGCGGUGCGGGCCUACAACGGGGAGAACUGGAGGACCUCCCUCUCCGACAUGGAGCUGGCCUUGCCCGACUUCUACAAGGCCUUCCAGGAGUGCACGGCCGCCUGCGAGGGAUCCCGAGAGGUCAGAGACUUCAAGGACUUCUACCCGUCGGUGGCCGACCACUACACCGAAGUGCUGAGGUGCAAGAUGAAGUGCGAGGGCGACCUCACCCCGGUCAUCGGAGGGUACGUGGUGGAGAAGUUCGUGGCCACCAUGUACCACUACCUGCAGUUCGCCUACUACAAGCUCAACGACGUGCGAAACGCCGCCCCUUGCGUGGCCAGCUACCUGCUCUUUGACCCGGAGGACCAAGUCAUGAAGCAGAACAUGGUCUACUACCAGUACCACAUGGAGAAGUGGGGCCUGACGGAGGAGAACUUCAAGCCCAGGCCCGAGGCCGCCCUCUACUACAACAUCACCACCAGACAGAGGGAGAUGUACGAGUUUGCGUUGCAGAACCUGGCGGACGACGACGAGGGCGACGUGGUGGAAUAUCUCGACGAACUUUUACACGCCGGCGUCUUCUGA